AGAGCUUCGAGGUGAUUGAUUAUGAUUGAGUGAUUGAUUAUAUUUACAGAUCAUGCAAUUUUUAGUUAUCUAGCUGUAUAUCGAGUGGAAACUUUACCACACCAUGAGGCAAAUGGGCAAAAGCAGCAGACAGAAGUACAGGCAGGAAAUAGGGCAGCCCUGUAGUGUCGUCAUCACACACGCGCCGUUAGGACUAUCGGCUGAAUGACUGAGGCGCGUAAGCAGCAACGCACCUGUAGUUCAUGGCAUGAGGUGUUUAUAGCUGAAAAGUCAGGCAUUUUUAUACUUUAUUGUGUUUGAAACAUUGUUCCCUGAUGGAGGAGGUAGACGUCGAGCCGGCAAUCACUAAUAUUCCUGCAGCCAGUGAUGGGAAGCAUUUGGGAUUUGCGUGGGGUCCUGGUGAUAUCCUUGCGUAUGAGACCCUUUACAAAGCAUCAGGUGCUAAAGGGUCAGGUUGCUCCUUCAUCCAUGAGGUUAGGAAAGACGAGGAUAUAUAUUCCCCUAUUUUACGCAAGCUCUUCAAUGAGUCGCAUCACAUCUUUGUUGGCCUGCAAACGAUCAGAGAAGACCUUCCCAGCAAGAACAAAAAACCACAAUUUGUCAGCAUCAGUAAAAACUACAGAUCUGUGAUACGAGCUUGUAUGGAAGAACUUCAGCAAGUUGCAGUUUCUACCAAAGAUGCACAAGUGGCCAUGCAGUAUGGAAAUCAGGUUUCCAUUCUGUUGGCCAUAGAGCUGAUCUGGAAUCUGUGUGAAGUGCUGUUCAUUGACGCUGCUCCUGCGGGUUCACUGUUGCUCCACCUUCUGGACUGGGUAAGGUUACACAAGGCUGAUGUGGAUGAGAAGGCCAGAGAGGUGCUGCAAAGCGAGAGCCCUGCUGAGCACCACGACUACUGGGAUGUGGUGGUGAGUUAUGUGCUGCAAGGCAGGUUGGAAGAAGCCAGACAGAUGCUGAUGAAGCAGGCCCCCCUACAGCCUGCUGCCAGAAAUAUGUACAAACUGAUGGACACUCUGCUCAGCAAAAUGCCCUUCUACAAUCCUGGUGGCACCCAGACGUUAACAGAGUUUGAUGUAAAGUGGAGACACUGGCACGAGGAGGUGGACCGCUGCCUACAGGACAACUCGUUUGCCAGCAACCAACACCUGGAGCUCAUCUGCAAGAUCCUAGUGGGGGAUGAAGACACGUUGCUUGAUCACAAGGAAUUGCUGAGCACCUGGUACCACUUCCUGGUUACUAGACUGCUGUUCUGCCACCCCACAGUCAAACCCACUGAGUUACAUUACUAUGCACAGUCAUGCAUGACCAUGUUUCUGGACUCGAGGAGCGUCCCAGAGCCACUGGACAGCAUCUUACUGGCUGCCUUUGAGUUUGACAUUCAUCAGGUCAUCAAAGACUGCAGCAUUGCUCUCAACAACUGGUGGUUUGUGGCCCAUUUGACAGAUCUCUUGGAUCACUGCAAACUCCUGCAGUCUCACAACCUACACUUCGGCUCCAACCUGAGGGAGUUUCUCCUGUUAGAAUAUGCAUCUGGUCUCUUCACUCAUCACAGUCUGUGGCAGUUGGCUGUGGACUACUUUGACCACUGCCCAGAGUUUGGCCGUGUCUACCUGGAGCUGCAGAUUGAGCGUGUUCCUUUAGACACAGAGCGCAAAGCCCUCAAGGUGCUCAGGAUCUGUGAGCAGAGACAAAUGUCAGAACAAGUGCGCAGUAUCUGUAAGAUCAUGGCUAUGCGGGCUCUAAGGAACAACAGACUGGGCUCUGCUCUGUCCUGGAGCAUCAGGGCCAAAGAUGCUGCCUUUGCCACCCUCAUUUCAGAGAGGUUCUUGCAGGAUUACUGUGCUAAAGGGACCUUCUCUGAUCUUGACCUGAUAGACAACUUGGGCCCAGCAAUGCUGCUCAGCGACAGGCUCACUUUCCUUGGAAAGUACCGUGAGUUCCACAAGUUGUACGGGGAGAAGCGCUUCAGGGAGGCAGCUAAGCUGCUCCUCUCCCUCAUGACGGCCAAGAUCGCCCCCCGGAGCUUCUGGAUGACUCUGCUGACUGACGCUCUGCCGCUGCUGGAGCAGAAAGAGGUGAUCUUCUCAGCGGACCAAACCCACGAGCUUAUGUUCUGUUUAGAGGAGCUCACCUCCUCACUGAACACCACAGCUCCCGGCACAGACAGGCCCAUGCAGGAGGAAGACAUAGAGCUGACCAAAGUGGAGCUCCUGCGACUUGCUCUGGCCAGGAACCUGGCUAUGGCUAUAGUCAAAGAGGGAACAGUGGAAACAUAAAUGGAGACAUUAAAAAGAAAGCUCUUCUUUUGCAUUUUUGUAUUGUAUAUAAAAUUCAAGUAAUCAAAAUGUGCUCUUUGAUAAUAAAACUUGAUGUACA